AGGGUUUAAGAAUAGACAUAAGAAAUAAAAAACUCUCCACAGUCAGUCACAUGAACAUUCCACAUCUGCCAUACAGAGUAAAUUUCCAUAUCCAAAGUGAAAAAGAUUGGGAUGUUCAAGUAUAAUGCUGGAUAUUGUUUCCACUGAGUGAAAGGGAGAGAAAGAGACAGAAGGAAAAAGACAUUGCUUCGAUUAGCUAGAGGAACUGCAAUGUUGGCGACCGCAAUGGAGUAUCAGCCCUUAUUACACAAGCAGAGUGGAAGCAGGACUCCAAAAACAAAACUAUUUUGGGCUGUCUGUGCCGUAGGGAUUGGCGGAGCAUUUCAAUAUGGAUAUAAUCUAUCAAUUAUUAAUGCACCUACCACACAUGUCCACAAGUUCAUUAAUGACACCUGGUAUUCCCGCUACCAGUCCCGAUUAGAUGAAGGUCUGGUUACCCUCAUCUGGUCAGUAAUAGCUUCUAUUUUUACAAUUGGUGGACUCCUUGGGACAUUUAUUGGUGGGCACCUUGCAGUAAAACUUGGCAGGAAACAGGCCCUAUUGGUGAACAAUGUUUUUGCAAUUCUCGCUGCUCUUUUCUUGGGAACUGCACAACCAGCUGGAUUAUUUGAACUUUUAAUAGUUGGAAGAUUCUUAAUAGGAAUUAAUGCAGGUGUUGGAAUGUGUGUACAACCAUUAUAUCUAGGAGAAAUAGCUCCAAAGGAAAUAAGAGGCCUUACAUCUGUGGGCAUUAAUAUCUUUCUAACUAUUGGGAUCUUGGCUGGACAAAUUGUUGGUUUACGAGAGGUGCUGGGUGAUGAAAACUCCUGGUCUUUACUGUUGUCCUCCUGUGCCAUUCCGGCUCUUAUACAACUAGUGACACUGCCAUGCUUUCCUGAAAGUCCCAGAUACCUUUUACUAGAGAAAAAAGAUGAGUAUCGAUGCCAAAUGGCUCUGAAAUCAUUGUAUGGUUCACACAACUACCAAAUAGAAAUGGAUGAUAUUCAGAAAGAAUCUCAUGCUUUAAAUGGUGAGAAACCGAAAAAGAUACUGGAGCUGUUCUUCGAUCAGUCGGUAAAAUGGCAACUAAUAACGAUUAUUGUGGCUAACAUGGGACAGCAGCUCUGUGGGAUCAAUGCAAUCUAUUUUUAUGCACACUAUGUGUUUGAGAAAUCUGGGAUUCCCGUUGAAAACAUCCCUUAUGUCACACUUGGGACUGGAGUAUGCGAAUGUAUCACUGCUAUGACAUGUGGUUUGCUGAUAGACAGAGCUGGAAGACGGGUUCUCAUAAUUGGAGGAUAUUCUCUGAUGGCAUUGUUUUGUAUUAUAUUAACAUUGACACUCACAUUUCAGGAAUCGUAUCCAUGGGUGCCUUAUUUUAGUAUGACAGCUAUUCUUAUGUUUAUAUUAAGUUUUGGUCUAGGACCAGGUGGAGUCACCAAUACCUUAACUGCAGAGUUAUUCACCCAGUCAGCUCGUACAGGAGCUUACAUGAUAGGUGGAUCUGUAAACUGGACGAGUUUUUUUGUAAUAGGAAUGGUUUUUCCAUUUAUAGUGAAUGGGUUAAAUCAGUUCUGCUUCCUGUUUUUCUUUGUGACCUGCGUUUUAAUAGCUGGCUUCAUCUACUUGAUUGUACCGGAAACAAAGAACAAAUCCUUUCUCGAUAUUAAAGGAGACUUCCAUAAACUUAAUUAUGGACACUCUUCCAUAAGUUACCACCUAGUGGAAGAUAAUAGUAUUGCACUAGAAGAAGCCAUGUGACCUCUGUGAAUGCACACCGUUUAUAUUAAAUAAUAAAAGGAAGCUUCAUUUAUACACUUAUCUAAUUGCUAUAAACAUGAGAACUGGUAACAUGGCCAGGAUUGUGUAACAUGCAGUAUACUGCUGCUAACAUUCGACAAGAUAACUUGAAGUAAAUAGUAUCACUAGUUUUUAUUUUGCACCAA